AUGAAGUUUUUUGUGGUUGGUAUUUUCUGUCUGCUUUGCACAGUUGUCUGGGCAGAAGGUGAUGUUACACCGGCCAAUGAGGAAGACGUAGAACCAGAAGUUGUGUCUAUAAAAAUAUUUACCUAUGAAGACGACACCUAUGGAAUAGGCUUAUAUGAAAAGGUGAACUGGCAUCAGGCCGAACUCCUUUGUGCAUCCCAGAGUUCUACAUUAGUUAGCCUUACGUCAGAAAUUCUUUACAAUGAGAUACUAGAAUGGAUUCGAUCUAUGGCCAAUGAUGAUUUGCCCACAAUUGCUGAGGACCCUAUAUGGACUUCUGGAAACAAUUUGGGAGACGGCUCCCUGUAUUAUUGGCAGGGCACUGGAGGACCCGUUUAUUACAACAAUUUCAGGAAUAAAUCGUAUUCUCAUUCAGCUUGUAUUGGAUUCAAUGCUGUGACUGGUUACUGGACUGAGCAUGAGUGUAGAGAAUCACAUUAUUUCAUGUGUCAAAAAUAUUCCAAGCAAAUAUGCUAACAACAGAAACAUUAUAAGAAUUCAUUUAGACUGUCGUCAAAUAAGUAAAAUUUCGGCAUUUUAAAUAAUAAUAAUAAUAAUAAUAAUCCCAAUUGCGAUCAUAUUUAAAUAAUUCGGUAAUUACUAAUAGGGAUCAAAUAAAAUUAAACGAAAAGCAAAAAAAUAUCUGUAAUAGUCAGUAGAAUAUAAUAAACGAGAAAAAAAGUAAGAAAGCUACAGUCGAGUUUGCUCGACUAUCAGAUACCCGCUAUCCAUUUUGAAUAAAAG